GUCUGCAGCUGCUGGACCUGCUCCCCAGGCUCAGGGAGACGCAGGACAAGGACCUGAACAUCCAGUGUGACGUGUUUGAAGACUCUCUGUCGGAGGACAUGGAGGAGAUGGAGAGGCUGUAUGGAGGGAUUGAUAUGAGCAGCCACCAGCAGGUCUUCACAAUGCUCUACACCAUGGUGUCCAGCCAUCCAUCCUCCGUGCAGCUGCUGUCCAUCCUUCAGGCCUUGUUGCUGGUGGGUCCGGACAGAGCUGAGGUCUGGUGUGCUCUGGAGCUGCUGAUGGAUCGAGCCACCCUGCUGGCUCAGGAUGGCCACGAGUCUCUGUGGACGUCAACAUCUUUGGACUCCAUGGAGCCAGAUUACUGCAGCAUCGAGCACCUCUUCAGUCUCCCUCCGACUGAGACCAAGACCAGAACCAAGUCAAAGACGGAGC